AUGAGCAAGCGUAUGAGAUCACUACAACAAGAUGACACAUCAUUAGGUGAAACCACUUUCUUGAGGUCAGCGGUCACUCCAACACAGUAUCAAAGUGCUCGCUUACUUCAAUGUGAUCCUGAUGUUGCACCAAAACAAAAGCGAGCCCGAGCUAAACAACCCAAGAAAAAUAAACAAAUUGGGGCUGCUUUAAUGGUUGGCCAGCAAAUGCCAACCGCAGCACUGGAACUCCCUGCUGCAGAACAUUGCCCUAAGUGUUCGGCUAUUAAAUUUGCUUUUGAAUCGCCUGGUUUUUGCUGUUCAAAUGGGGAAGUUGAGAUUGCUUCCAAUUCCUUCCCAUCAGAAUUAAUCAGGCUUUUAACUUCACAAGACGAUGAUUCUGUUCACUUCAGAACGUAUAUACGCUUGUAUAACAACCUAUUUGCUUUUAGCUCACUUGGCGGGGUCUUUGAUGCAUGUAUGCAAAAAGGCAUUUAUGUUUUUAAAUUACACGGCCAAAUCUAUCAUUUUAUACCUAACCUACUGCCUAACGAUAAAAGACCUCAAUUCUUACAAUUAUACUUCUACGAUGCUCAACAUGAAUCAGAAAACCGGCUCAAUUUAUUUCCUGAGCUACGGCCUGAUGUGAUAGCUAUCUUAAUGAAAGUAAUGCAGUAUAAUCCAUACGCCAAGUUCUUCAGAUCUUUGAGAGAACUUGACAUCGUGGAGAAUACUCAAAUACGGUUAAAUCGAGACCCAGUUCUUGAUCAGCGUGUUUACAAUGCCCCUACAGCUGAUGAGGUUGCUGUGAUAUGGGAUGAGGAAUCCGCAACCAGUGCAAAUAGUGGCCCUCAUAUCGUAGUUCAUGGAAAGGGUGCACAGCAACACAGGAUCAUGCAUUAUUAUGGGUGUUAUGAUCCAUUACAAUAUCCACUCCUACGGCCAUACGGUGACUGUGGUUGGCACCAUGGCUUAAAAAAAUGA